CGACAGUAUAAGAAAGGUCGUGAAAUAAAUUGAAUGGUGUUAUUAAACCGUGUUUUGUUAGAAAACUAUUUAUGUAAUCAACUAUUUUGUGGUGUUAUGACUACCUUAUCGCUAACAUUGCCAAUAUCAUGUCAAAUUUGUCUUGGAAAAGUGAAAGAUCCAGUCAUUUGCUCAAACAAUCAUGCAUUUUGUACUGUGUGUCUUGAUGUAUGGCUACAAACUAAUCGCUGCUGCCCUACAUGUAGAGUAGAUAUCACUGAAGAUCAACCAUAUAGGAAAGUAAUAGGAAGUAAUGAGAGUAAUGAAACUUUGAACUUUCAAACGAGAAUGCAACUGCGAAAAACCAGAUUGGAGUUAGUCGGAAAAGAAUAUGAGUCCGAGGUUGAAAACCUAAGUCGUCAGUUGAAUGUUAUGACCCAAGAAAACAACAAACUAAAAGAAGAAUUAAAGGAGAAGGAGCAAACGACAUCAUCAACAGCAAGAGAAAAAUCUCCCCUGUUUUCUAAUAAUAUCGAAGCUCUGUCCAGCUUAACGAAAAAACUUCAGGAGAUUAGUACAACCUACGACGAUGUUCGUAGAGAUAUGACUAAACUACAACAGGAAAAAGAGCAACUAAUGCGAGAAAACGACGAUCUAAAAAAUGAAGUGACUAAACUCAAAGAAGAUUCCAUGUUUACAAAAUCACCCAAGAGGUAUGAGAAAUUUACAAUUACUGGUUUAAGAGCAAAAGUGGAGCAAUACGAAAAAGAAAAUCAACAGUUAAAGAAAGCUUUGGAAAAUAGUGACAAAUAUGUGGAGAAAUUGCAGCAAGAAUUAAGAAUGUUGAAAGAAGACAGUGCCAAGACAGCAACAGAAUGUAUGAUCAAUGCACAACAUGAUACCGAGGUUUGUGAUGUCAGAAAUGAUGUUGAGAAACAACUUUCACUUCCUGAUCAGUUUGAAGUAACUGUUGAGAAUAUCGCUCCUUUAAAUCAUGCAAAUUCCUCCAAGUUUCAAAGCAACACGGUAACAGCAGUCGUAAGUGUACCAACGACGAGCCGUCUGAAUGAUACGACUGUUACACAACGGCAGCAAUGUCACUCACCACAAAAUAAUUCGGUGACUCCAACAGCAUCCAAAGGUGAAUGUUCACGUGAUUUGUUUCCAGCAACAAAGAUAUUAUUAGCGUUGAAAAAAAUCCACGAGACAAGAAGUUCACCUCCACAGGCCCUUCAUGUUUCAUCAGUUCCAGCCAUCGAUCUUCCUUGGUCUUCAUAUAUGAAUUUCGAUUCUUCAAACGAAGUGGGUGAAGAAAACUCCCUUUCUUUAAAUGCUACAUCUUCUCAGGAAUCAUCUGAACCAUUUUCCUUUAUGGAGGAAGGAAAUGAAACGAGUGCUUCCAAUAACAUCAUCCUAACAGCAGCGGGACCAUGUGCAGUUCCUUCAUCGGAACAAACAAACCCAGAGCACUCCUGUAUUUCACCAAAAAGAAAUCUCUCUGUAGAACCUUGUUUGCUCACAAAAAAAAUUAAAAUAGAAAAAGACUGAUUAUGAAAAAAUAAAAACAACUUAAACUGUAUUGGGAAUGUACUGGCAACUUAAGGGAUCUUCAACUGAGAGUUAUGAGUAGUUAUCAUUUAGUACAUCCCAGGAUCAACUAGUGUUUAAAUAUAUGCUCCAAUGCCGGUUAUAUUGAAUUGCAGCCUUCCAUAGACUCCAUAGACUAUUCACAUAAUGACGUCGGAUUUCAC